UCUCAUUUGUUGAUCGAGUCUCACAGUCAUGGCGGAGAUUGAGCUAAAAACAACACCUGUUGAUUUCCGUUUUCCUACAACUAAUCAAACCAGACACUGUUUCACUCGCUACAUAGAGUUUCAUAGGUUCUUGGCAGUGAAGUGUGAAGAAUUAUGUGAAUGUGAGAGAUUUGCUAAAUAUUACCGCUCUCUUUGCCCUGGUGAAUGGGUUGACAAUUGGAAUGAGCAGAGGGAUAAUGGGACUUUUCCAGGGACCUCUUUGAAAUCAUGUGUAACUUGGAUCUCCUUGUAA